AUGGACUGCAAAUCUCACUCAGACAUCCUUAUAAACGACGAGAGUUCCCGUGACAGCGGUGUGGACAUGGAAGGGGACAUUCUGACCGAGCUGGCAUCCCCUGUCUGCCACAGACGGAUGCUGUUCACAGACCUGGACUUCUCCCCAGCAGAGGCAUAUCAGUCCCCUGACUCACCACUUAGCUUCAAGCCUCUCAGGAACCUGAAUUUCGACAUGGACAGUCCAGUAUCCAAACGAGUUGUUUCUCCUAUACGCUAUGACUGUGUCGAGCUCAAAGUACCAGGUAGUUUUUCCUCACUGUUCAAUGGGUCGGUUGCCUUAGACAAUGAAGUUGACACGCCUAAGAGCCGUCGCCUAGCUACCCAACUGGACUCGUUACAAAUUCGUAUUAGAACAAACAAGAAGAGGGCCUCUCCUUCGACAGAUGUGAAUGGCUGUGAAAACACGCCCACAAGCAAACGGCCCCGGGCUAACAUUCUGAGAAGAAGAUGUCAAAGCAUGGAGUUAGACUCCUCUCCACAGUUUAGCCUGGGAAAGAGUCAGUCUGAAAACGAGGCUGCCAUCAUGAGAGCUCUAGACAGAGUGUCGGAAGAUGCCGAUUUGAUCAGUGACGGAAGUAAGACCUGCUGCCUUCCCACAAUCCCCGGUAAACACCAGGAUUUGAAAUCCAUUACACCCGAGACUCUCGCCAAAGUCAUGAAUAACGAAUAUGAUCACGUGAUCGAGAAUUACGUCAUCGUGGAUUGCCGUUACCCAUAUGAAUUCGACGGGGGUCACAUUAAGGGCGCCAAAAACUAUUACACCAGAGAGAGUAUAAUGGAAAAUUUAGUGAAUAAACCAAUAGCCGGAAGUGACGUCAUCAAGAGAACAGUCCUGAUAUUCCACUGCGAAUUUUCAUCUGAACGAGGCCCAAAAAUGUCAAGGUUUUUGCGGGCCAUGGACAGGGAUUUGAACAAAGAUCGUUAUCCAGAACUGUUUUACCCAGAAGUAUACCUGUUAGACGGCGGAUACAAGAACUUCUUCCAAACCCAGAAGAAAUGCUGUCAUCCCCAAACUUACAUGCCCAUGCAUCAUGGUGAUUAUAAAGAGGAUCUGAGAAAGUUCCGAGUCAAGUCCAAAUCUUGGGGUGGAGAGAAAACUUCCGGUGUAGCACGCACCAGCCAUAGGCGAGGAUUGCGAUUCUAA